AUGAGGCUAAUGAAAAAUUCUAUGAAGAACAGCGAAUUAGAUUCGACAGCUAGCUCUGUCAAAUCCGCAGAUAGCUAUGGUGUGUUCGGAAGCGCGUGUUCCGACUGUUCAGAAUGCGAGUAUGGCGGGAACAGGAAACAGAGUCACAAGAAAUUCAGCAACCUGUCGGGUUCGAGCUGCACAAAUCUGAGCUUUCACAGCGCGGCCGACCCGGAGUCGCAUCCUUUACUGCUCAGCCACAAUUUGACAAACACUUAUAAGACUCUCAGUAGCAGUUCAGAUACUUUGGGUCCCGGGGAAUUAUCUGCGAGCGAUAUUAUAGCGACAUACAAAAAAAGUUUUCAGAAAACGGUCAUAACGGAGAAGAACAGACAAAGUUCAUUAGUUACAAUUUUUUCAAUAUGGAAUACAAUUAUGGGCUCAUCGCUGCUGACUAUGGCGUGGGGCGUCGAGCGUGCAGGGUUGCCAGCUGCAUUGUUUUUGCUCGGUUUCAUGGCAGCCCUGUGUCUCUACACCGCGUACAUACUACUUAGAGUAAACUAUCAUCAUGGCAGUGAGACUUGCGAGGUGCCAGCACUGUGUCGCCUAUUACUGGGGGCAGGCGCUGCGGCCGUCGCACACGCAUUUAGUUUAAUGGUUCUUUUGGGCGCCAAUGUCCUGUACUGGCUCCUCAUCAGCAACUUCCUCUAUUACACCGUAAACUACCUCAUGGAACUAAGUUCACCAAAUACCACAGGCUUCAACGCAACAGUCCUCUGCCCCUCACAAGACGUGCUCAUCGAUCCCUCAAUACCUCUCUCAGCACCCUCCCCCUACUGGGGGCUGCACACGACUGUACCGUUCUUCGUGGCCAUCAUCGUGUUCCCACUUCUGAACUUUACUAAGGUCUCCUUCUUCACUAAGUUCAACUCUUUAGGCACUCUAUCGGUGUUCUACCUCAUAAUCUUCAUAAUAGUUAAGGGCUGGACGUGGGGCAUCAACGUCGGCGCGCCGACAGGCUACCACGGGAGUGGUGACGCGGCAGUGCUGAGUGGAAUGCUGGCUCUAUCCUUCUACAUACACAAUAUCAUCAUCACUAUAAUGAGUAAUAACGAACGACAGGAGAAAAAUGGUCGAGAUCUGUCAAUAGCCUUUCUAUUGGUGCUAGUGACAUACGCGCUGGUCGGUGUAGUGUUCUACAUAUGCUUCCCACUCGCCAAGUCUUGCAUAGAAGAUAAUAUUCUGAAUAAUUUCGAUAUGCACGACGUUAUGACUGCGAUAGCCCGAGCACUGCUACUAUUUCAGGUGAUCACAGUGUACCCGCUGGUGGUGUUCAUGAUCCGGUGCGAGGCCGCGCAGUUGUGGGCGCGAGCGGCGACGCGCGGGCCCGCACUGGCCAUCAACCUGGCGGUGGUCUCUCUCAGCAUUCUGGUGGCAUGCUUGUGCCCCAACAUCGGCACUAUCAUCAGGUACACAGGUGCAAUAAGCGGUCUAGUACACGUGUUCGCGCUACCUGCGUUACUCCAGAUGCGUUCUCUCCAGGUGCGGGGGAAGCUGACUUUAUGGAAGGGGUUAUUCUACUCCGCCAUUGUUGUAUUCGGAACUGUCAAUUUGGUGAUGCAGUUCUUUAUCGCGUGACAGGUUUAAUAAAUCGUGAUUGCUUUGAAUAUUCGUUUUACAUGAGUGAUAGCUUUAACUACAUGUGUCCAGUACGCGUGGUAGCUUUGACUAUACGUGUACAAUGCGCGUGAUAGAUUUGUAUGAACCUGAACGUAUAUAACGCGUGAUAGCUGUAAUUGUUCGUGUAAUUGAUACGCGAGCCUUAACUAUACGUUUUGAGUAUGCGCGUUUAUUAAACUAUGCGUUUACGGUACGCGUGAUAGCUUUAACUAUACGUGUACAGUACACAUGAUAGCUUUGACUAUACGUGUAUGGUACGCGUGAAAUGUUUGACUAUACGUACAUAGUUUGCGUGUCAGCUUUAUCUAUUCGUGAACAGUACGCGUGACAGCUUUGACUAUUCUUGUACAGUAUGCAUAGCUUAAAUACCUAUCGUGUCGGAACUCGCUAUUUAAAUUGAAGUUAGCCUAUGGGCGGUACAGAUAUAGUUUCUAGCAAAAAAAGAAAACUUAUACUGUCUUCGAUUCACACCAUUAAUCUUUGUUGGCCUAGUGUUCAGAAUGUUAAACUAUGGAUCACGUGGUAAUAGGAUUGAUUUCCGAAAAUAAUCUUAUCAGCCCGCUAACCCGUAUUGGUUUCGUAUGGUGGGUCGAGAACCCUAAGUCAUGUAAGAGACCUGCGCCCAGCAGUGGUCCGAUGAUGAUGAAAGUUUACAAAGCAAUUUGGACGUAAAAAUAGAAAAUAAAAAUUGUAAAAAGUAAUGUAACUGUCUUCACUAACUUUAUAUAAUUUUUAGUUAAAGGAUGAACUGAUUUUAAUGAAAUUCGGUGUGAAAUAAAAGUCAUAAAUAAUUUCCUGGAUAAACACGUAGAAUACUUUACAGAUUUUCAUCACGAAGAAACUCGCUGGCGAUAAUAAUGUGAGAAUAUAGAUAGGUAUUAUUUUUAAAUUUCUAGUCAAUAAAACAAUAAAUAAA